AAUGGGGAAAACGGCAAGCACUGUUCAAGUCCUGCUGAACCGCUGUACUACCUUGAGAGUGUGUAGGCGUCUUAUACUGGCCCCUGGAUGCAAGCAAUGCCCCUCCGGCAUACCUGCAGUGACAUGGCGUUUGUGCAGGAGGGGGGCAUGGAGCGCAAGUGCUCACGUCCUUGUACCCACAAAUGUGUGCAACCAGGAGAUUGGGAACUGGAUAAUCUUUGUGUAGCAAUACUGUGCAAUAAGAGAGCUCAGCUUCUGAGUUUCUUAAUAGAGCUUGCAAGAUGCAUCCUGCUUCCUCAGAGCAGGGAUAGGCUCUGCUUGUUUGCUUUCAAGGUUUGCAUGCUAGCAGCAGCUGGCUCCCACAUAGACUUUGUACAGAUGUAUACUUGUGUGGGAACAACACCACAUGUUCCAUCUCGGGAACUUGCUGGGCUGUCUAUGGUGAAAGGACCUGUACAGCUGGCAGUUGAAAGGCCUACCAAGCAAUCUGUUUUGGAGCAAUGUUUGCAAAUGUUUGCAAAAAGUGUACAUGCAUGUAGGAACAGGUAGUUUUUGCAAGAUUGCACAUCGUACACUUGCAUUGGGCAUCCAUCCUCUAUGGAUUGCUCAGAAUAAUGCAUUUUUCCACUGCAUUGUAGAAAUGUGUGUACAUUAGGCGGGUGACUGAGAGCUUAGCCCUGAGCCAUCAUGUAUCAAGGAUUUUGCGUGUUUGGAGGCUUGUUGAUGGCGGUGAGCCUGCAUGAUUUCUUCUUCAUUUUUUGUGUUCACAGGCUUGUAACAUUGCAUGUAUAU